GGAUGACCCGACCCGGCUCGUUAUCUGUUACGGCCACAGCCUCAACUCUCCCUCCCUCUCACAGAAAAUAGAGGAUAAGAUGAAGUGAUUGCCCCGCUCUCUCCCUCUCUUUCCUGAGUUCUGCUGCAGUGAGAACAGUGCAGUGCUCUCCCUUGUCUUCUCUCGGUCCGAACCCCCCCAAAACCAGAGUCCAAAAAAGAAUGCAAGGUUCUAACUGCUGAUAAAUAUCCUGAUUCUGAAGGCUAUAUUCAACAUGACACCAGUUAUUCACUGUUCUACUGGCAACAUCCAUUUCUUUCCAAGAGCUACUUUCACUACAAGGAAAGAGAUUCAGUUGACGAAACAUAAUAUCAAUGGAAAUCACAACCGAUUGACACCAUCUUCAGAAAGAUUUCUGUCAUCUCAGUCGUCAUUACGUCUAUUUCAGAUUUAUAGAAGUGGUUUCCUUGCCAAACAUGGGUCAGGAAUCCGAAGCAUAACAGCUGUACGGGCUGAUGUAACAGUAGAGGAGCCCAAUCUUUCUGUUUCAGUUGAGGAUGCAGAGAAAACAACAGAAGAUCCCACCAGUGAUGUUGAAACAAGUGAAACUGCUCCAAAAGAUCCUACUGUUACUUCUGAUAGAACUAAGCGCUCUAGACCUGCAAGGAAAAGUGAAAUGCCACCAGUAAAGGAUGAAGAUUUGGUUCCUGGUGCUUCCUUUACGGGGAAAGUGAGAUCUAUUCAGCCAUUUGGUGCUUUUGUGGACUUUGGAGCAUUUACUGAUGGUCUGGUGCAUGUUUCUAGGAUGAGUGAUGAUUAUGUGAAGGAUGUGGCUUCACUUGUUUCUGUUGGGCAAGAGGUCAAAGUGAGGAUUGUAGAAGCAAAUAUGGAGACUAAGCGUAUCUCUUUAACCAUGCGUGAUAAUGAUGAUGCCCGUAAGAUGCCACCAAGAAGAGAAAGUUCUACUGGUCAAAGUAGCGACAGGCCCAGAUCCUCAAGGAAAAAUGCUGCAAGAUCUGCUCAGAAGCGUGGUGAUGAGCAGAAAAAGUCAAAUUUCGUGAAGGGACAGGUUCUAACUGGCACAGUCAAGAAUACAAUCAGAGCCGGUUCUUUUGUGUCACUUCCUGAUGGAGAAGAAGGAUUUAUUCCUGUGUCUGAGGAAUCUGAAGGGUUUGGCAAUGUUUCGGGGAAUUCCUCAUUGCAGGUUGGUCAAGAAGUCAAUGUACGAGUAUUGCGCAUUGCGAGAGGGAGGGUGACGCUAACAAUGAAAAAAGAAGAAGAUGUUGAGGAGUUGAAUAGGCAACUUAAUAAGGGGGUCUGGCAUGCAGCAACAAACCCAUUUGAGUUGGCUUUCCGCAAGAAUGAAGUCAUUUCUUCUUUUUUGGAUGAGCGAGAGAAAGCCCAGAAGUCUUCUGAGAAUAUAAGCUUGCAGAAGAAUUCAGAAGAGAUAGAGGAGAAGGUUGAUGAUGCCAUCAUCAAUUCAGUCACUCUCACAGAAGAUGAGUCGACCGCUUCGGAAGAGGUCCUUGAGGAAAGCCCUUCUGCAAAGUCCACUUCUACUGAACACGUAAACGAUGUUGAGGAACCUGAAAGAAAUUUGCCUCAGGCUGUCAAUGAUGUUUCCGAGACCUUAUUAAAGGAUAUGCAGGACCCCAGUGUUGAAGUUGAUACAAGUUCGGCAAUCAAUGAAGCUCCAGUUGUUGAUGAGGUUACUGUAUCAGGUGAAGUUAAAGAAACUGAUACAGGAAAUGCAAGUGUCUCAGAAGAUGAGACAAGUUCUAAAAGUUUGAGUUCUCAAGAAAAUGGGAAGUCAGCUGAUCCUGUAACAGGUGAUGGUUCUGCUGGACAAGUUGAUGGUGGGAUAUUAUCAGAACAAAUUCAAGUUCCUGAAGAAGGUGAUGAAACUCAGGCAGAAAGUACAACAGUAGAAGAUAAAUUGGAGACAGAAACACCUGUAUUGAUGGAGAGCAAAGCGGUUUCUGUUGAUGCAAAUGAUGCCAAGUCAGAGAUUCCUGAAACCCCAGAGAUUCCUGAAACCUCAAAUGGACAAACUGCAAAAAUUUCUCCAGCACUUGUGAAACAGUUGCGCGAAGAAAGUGGCGCUGGUAUGAUGGACUGCAAAAAUGCUCUAUCUGAGACUGGAGGAGACAUUGUUAAAGCACAGGAAUUGCUCAGAAAGAAAGGAUUAGCAAGUGCAGAUAAAAAGUCCAGUAGAGCCACUGCUGAAGGAAGAAUUGGAUCUUACAUCCACGACAGCAGAAUUGGAGUCCUCAUGGAGGUGAACUGUGAGACUGACUUUGUUGCUCGAGGCGAAAUUUUCAAACAGUUAGUCGAUGACUUGGCCAUGCAAGUGGCUGCUUGUCCUCAAGUACGCUACAUGGUCACUGAAGAUGUCCCUGAAGAAAUCGUGAGCAAGGAGCGGGAGAUUGAAAUGCAGAAGGAGGACCUCCUUUCAAAACCAGAGAAUAUCAGGUCGAAAAUUGUGGAUGGACGGAUCAGAAAAAGACUUGAAGAAUUUGCACUGCUUGAGCAGCCAUAUAUUAAGAAUGACAAAAUGGUGGUCAAAGAUUGGGUGAAGCAGACAAUUGCAACGAUUGGAGAAAAUAUAAAAGUGAGACGUUUUGUUCGCUAUAAUCUUGGGGAGGGCUUGGAGAAGAAGAGCCAGGACUUCGCUGCUGAGGUGGCUGCCCAAACUUCAGCAAAAGAAGCACCUGCAGCUGCUCCAAAAGAGCAGCCAGUUGAAACACAGGAAACUGUUGAGAAACCACCAGCUGCUGCAGUGUCAGCUGCACUGGUGAAGCAACUGAGGGAAGAAACAGGCGCUGGCAUGAUGGACUGCAAGAAAGCUCUAACAGAAACUGGAGGAGACCUUGAGAAAGCACAGGAGUAUCUCCGUAAAAAGGGUUUAUCAUCUGCAGACAAGAAAUCCUCUCGUCUGGCUGUAGAAGGUCGGAUAUCUUCCUAUAUCCAUGACUCUCGCAUUGGUGUUCUUAUUGAGGUCAACUCUGAGACUGACUUUGUGGCGCGCAACGAAAAGUUCAAGGAGUUGGUGGAUGAUCUUGCAAUGCAAGUGGUGGCAUGCCCACAAGUCGAGUAUGUUUCUGUGGAGGAUAUCCCGCAGGAUAUAGUGAACAAGGAGAAAGAAAUCGAGAUGCAAAGAGAUGACUUGAAGUCGAAGCCUGACAACAUAAAGGAGAAGAUAGUAGAAGGGAGGAUCUCAAAGAGGCUGGGAGAACUUGCUCUUUUGGAGCAGCCCUUCAUCAAAGACGACAAGCUGAUAGUAAAGGAUUUGGUGAAGCAGACUAUUGCUGCUUUAGGAGAAAAUAUCAAGGUUCGAAGAUUUGUUCGUUUCACCCUGGGGGAGACCAAGGAUUGAUGAGGUUUAGCAAAUAUUGAGUUCACUUGUUAGAUCCUGUUUUGUUGUUCAAAUUAUUGUAAUUGCUGUAUUUAUCUCUUUGUUCGUCCAGGGAACUUUUUGGCAACAGAAAUGGAGAUUUUUGAAAUUUCUGUAAUGUUGAGAAACAUACAUUUUGAUUCAAGGAAAGGAGUAAAAGUGUAAUGAAAGUCGCAUGUUUCAGAAUCUUCA